GCUCGCGUGCGUGCGUGCGUGCGUGCAGACACGCGGACGUGCGCGUGAAUUCGUGCGUAAGGGGCUUUCCACGGGCAGCGGCGCGCAGACGAAGCCAUGGCGACAGCGGCUCGAGCCGAACGUCCCGCUACGAUCUCCCCUUUCGACGGUUUGACGGUUGCGAGGAGCGCACCUGCGAUGUUUUAACCCGCUCGUUAUGUCCUCUUCCGGACAAGGCCGUUCCUGAGACUUGGACAUGCUGCACCAGAUGGAGUGGUCUUCACUUGAAGACGAUGUGGACGCCUCAAUGGGCGAACCCCUUCACCUGACUGAAUCCCCAGGGUCACAGCCCUCCCCCACCAACAUCUCGGAACACGAGUUCUCGUGCCACUGUUGCUACGACAUCCUGGUGAACCCCACCACCUUGACCUGCGGCCACAGCUUCUGCCGCCACUGUCUGGCUGGCUGGUGGGAGUCCUCUCACAAGAACGAGUGCCCCGAGUGCCGGGAGAAGUGGGCGGGCUUUCCAAAGAUCAACAUUCUGCUGAGGGAUGCAACCGAAAAGCUGUUCAGUGAGGUCGUUCAGCGGAGGAGAGAAGAGAUUCAGGCCAACCCCAAAAUCUCCCGGAUCUUGCUGGCCUUCCAGAGGUACGGGGACAACUUGGGGAGAUCCAGGACAAACAAGCACAAAGGAGCAGGCGUCUUCUUCUCUGGAGUCCUGACUGCACUCUGUUUUGUGGCUUUGAUGGUGCUGGUGUUCCACUGGAGCAGCGGCGUGGUGGAGCAGCACGACCUGCUGAUCAGCAAGCCGGUGUCCCACUGGGCGCCGGAGGAGGUCGUGUCCUGGCUGGAACACCUGGGGCCCUGGGCCCAGCUCUACCGAGAACCCUUCCAGCAGGAGAGCGUCAACGGGAGGCUGCUGCUGAUGCUCAGGGAGGAGGAGCUGUUGAAGCCUCCGUUCAGCAUCGAAAAUCAGGCUCACCGACGGGCCGUUCUGGCGGAACUGAACCGGGUGAAAACACUCGGGGUGAAACCUCCGCAGAACCUCUGGGAAUACAAGGCCAUCAAUGCGGGGAAGUCUCUGUUCCUGCUGUACGCUCUGAAGCGCUCCCCCCGCCUCACGCUCUUCUACCUGUACGUGUUUGACUACUCGGAAACCUUCCUGCCCUUCCUGCACACCUGCUGUCCGGCCAUCGCGCACGUCGGCCAGUCGAUGGAGACCAGCUUCCUCGACGCGCAGUUGGAGCCCAGUUGGCAGCAGUGGGCGGAGUUCCUGGUGAAGUACCUGCUGCUCCCGUACCAGCUGAUAGCGGAGUUCGCUUGGGACUGGCUGUCCGUCCACUACUGGACGUCCCGCUUCAUCAUCGUCAACGCCAUGCUGCUGUCGGUGCUGGAGGGCUGCUCCCUGUGGAGACUCUUGACGAGAGUCACUAUCAGGUCCCUGCCGGGUAAGAUGUGGACCCACCUGUGGAAGAUGUUAUCUCAGGGCUUUGCCUUCGCCCUCCUGUGGCCUUUCGUCCCUCAGUUUGUGUGCAACUGCCUCUUCUACUGGGCCCUGUACUUCAGCCCCAUCAUCAACAUCGACCUGGUGGUGCAGCAGCUCAUGCACCCGGAGACGCAGGCACUGUGACCGUGCCCCAUGGAUGCCGUGCCGUUCACAGCAAAUGGGGAGGAGGAGGGGGGGGGGAAGCCAUGAAUCCAUUUGCUGAAAAGAAGACUCGUCUUCCUUUUUGAGCCGUGUCCUCACAUGACAUGAAACUGGCUUGUUUUGCGGUUGGAAAGGGACACUUCCUCGCUUCGCGCCCUCGUCUCCCCGCCGGAUGGUUGCCGGGCUUUGAGCCGGUGACGGAGACACGAGGCCAAGGAGAGGCGUAGCGGUGACGUUAUUGAUUAGAAGGACUGCAGCGCAUUCAUGAACCACAUUGCCUACAUGGUCGAGAGGGCGGUUUAUGCAAAAGAUGAGACUCGUUCAAACCCCCGGUGGCGCUGCCAUGGCCGCAGUCCCGGGGAGAUUUUUUUCAAUGCACACAGACUGAAGGUGGAAUAAAAAAAAAAAAAAGUAUAUAUUUUAUUUUUUUACUUUUAUCAUUUGUCUUGAUGGCAUUUAAUCCCAAACCAAUUAAAAGUAUCCGUUUGAAAGAAGCAGCAUUGUAAGUGUAUAUAAAUCCUGUUCAUGGCGUAUUUUAUUUGCAUGUACUGCCAACAAACAUUGUGUUGUACAUUUUUCUGUAUUAUUCAGCAACAUUUUGUUUCCAGUAUGUGUUUUAUUUGAUGGGUGGGAAGACCUAAUGAAAAAAGUUUUAGGUUUUAUUUUGUUUAUUUGCACUUAAACGUUCUACACUGUGAUUUUGUUCUUGAAUGAAAAAGGUAAAACUGAGAUUUAAUACUUU